AUGAGUGAUAACAAUACCGAACAAACCAAAACUGGUUCCACCGCCAAAUAUUAUGCUGGUGCUGCUGAAGAGAACCUUGGAAAAUUAGUCGGUAGCGAUAAAAUGAAACUUGAAGGCGAAUCUAAAAAAUUAGAAGGCCAAAGUGAAUAUGAAGGAGCUAAAAAUCAAGGUUAUGUAGAAGGUACCACAGAUAAAGUCACUGGUACAGUCAAAGAAACAGCUGGCAACGUCGUCAACGACGAUCAAAUGAAGGCCGAAGGAAAUGUAAAAAAGAACAAGGGAGACACACAACAAUAUGGUGGUUCUGAGGUAGCAAAGAACUAUGAAGGAAAGAAAUCUACAAAAUGGCUCUUUGAAGCUGAUUUAAAAUUGCCAAAGGUUCUCAAAGACAUGCUUUUGCUAUUAAACAGUCAUAUUUCUGAUAUGAAAGAAAGAAGGAAACUCAUAACUAUUGGCUACAUCCAUGGGGGUCUUCAACUUAUGUUUAUGACUUUAGAUAAUCCUGCUGGAUAUGUUUUCCGUCUUGUAAAAAGUUCAUUAUACAAUAUUCCUGUUUCUUUCCAAAAUUUUACAGAAGCACUGGAGUUAAUUGCUGCUGUAUGGACAAUGAAGAUAAAAUUUUAUGAAGAUUCUGAAUCAUUAAUUGAUUUGAGAAACAGAAACAAUGAUGUAUUGGGAUCAUCAAUUUUUAGUCAAAUAUUACCAGCAGACGAUGAAAACGAUGAUAGCAGUGAUGAAAUAACAUGUUACUUGGCUACCAAAAACUAA